GCCGGUGCGGACACACGCGGUGGCGGCGGCAUCACCGGCAUCACCGUCACCAUCAUCACAUCGCGGAGCCGGGACGCAGCAGAGCGGCCGCGUCGGUCCCGCCCACCCGCCAUGAACCCCUUCGCCUGGUACCCGCCGCCUCCCCCGGGCUUCCCGCCGCCCGGGUUCCCCCCGCCGGGGCUUCCCCCUCCCUUCUUCUGCCCGCCGCCCCCCUGGGAGCCGGGCUACUGGGCUGCCCCCGGGCCCUUCCCGCCUCCCGCCGGCAGCUUCCCGCCGCCCAGCACCGGCAGCCCCUCGCAGCCCUCCGACAGCCACACGCCCGCCGAGAACUCCUCGCUUCCCGCCGACAGCUCCUCGCAACCCACCGACGGCUCCUCGCAGCCCGCCGAGAGCUACCCGCCUGCGGAGAGCUACCCGCCGCCCAGCAGCACCUACCCCCCUGCCCACACCUACCCGCCGCCCCCCGCCUGGUUCCCGCCGGCCUACGGACCGCAGGACCCGCACGCUGGUGGAAAUGGCCAUUUCUCCCAGAAAUGGCAAGGCGAGCUAGCACCGGGGUUUAAUAAACGUUUUCCAGAAGAAAAUCCCAGGCCAAAGAACAAAAAGAAGAAAGAGCCAGUUUUCUCUCAUUUUUGUGAUACCUGUGACCGUGGCUAUAAAAACCAGGAGAAGUAUGAUGAACACAUUUCACAACAUAGACAGUGCACAGAAGAAGGCUGCAAUUUCAGUGCCAGUGAGAAGAUAGUUCAGAUACACUGGAAGAAUGCACAUGCACCUGGUGCUAAAAGAAUCAAACUGGAUAGUCCAGAAGAGAUUGCUAGAUGGAGAGAAGAAAGAAAAAAAAAUUUUCCUACUUUGGCAAACAUUGAAAGGAAGAAGACGAUGCAGAUGCAGAAGGAAGAAAGGGGAGAAGUUCUAACAACCCAACAGUUUGGCAAAAUGAAGGGAAUGUGGAAAGCUGCAGAUAGCCAAGAGAGGCAUGGACAGCAAGGAAGACAAAGGAGGAGACAAAGGCGCCCAUUUUGGAAGAAAUUUAGGGAAAACGGUGGUGAUCAUAAUGCACACAGAACUCCAAAUGAAACCAACAGACCAGAAAACAGCACGUGUGAAAAGGAUCAUGAAAACCAGCAUGCUUUGGAAGCUCAGCCACACGUGAAGGAUGUGGACCCUCUCAGUCUUCUGGCAAGCAGUGAUGUUGAAUCCGACAAGGAUGAAGCAGCAGCUGAGGAUGGGAAGCAGGGAUUGACUGUUGCUCCCAGGCUGGUCACCUCUGCCCUGACUGCACUGUCAGCCAACUAUGGGAGUGCAUCUGACAGUGAGCCUGAAGAAAUCCCAGUCAAGACUGCAGCAAAAGCUGAGAAAAACCAACCUGAGCUCAGAGAUACGCCUCAAACUUCUUCUGUUCCUUGGAGUCAGAACCCAAAUCAAAAGAGACCAGAACAUAAAAGCACAACUCUAAGAAGCUCGAAUUCAAAUGCACGUCCCCCCAGAGGGCCUGGCAACAGGGGCAAGAAAACAGCACCUGCCCUUCCCAAGCGCCGUCCAACUCUGCUGGAAAUGUUACUGGCCCAGGACAUCCGACACGAGAGGAACGUGGUUUUGCAGUGUGUUCGAUACCUCGUCCGAAACAACCUGUUUGGACUUCAUUUGAAAGCAGAAGCUGAGGCUGAAGCAGAGACUGAGCAGUCCUGUUCAACUGUAACUGCAGCAGAGUCUUUGGACAAACUUGAUGAACCUAAUUGUUCCAUUAGCUCUGACCUUCAGUUAGCAGGAGGAGGAGAUGAUGCAUUAUUAAUAGCCCAGGGUGAAAAAGCAUCCGUGGAUCAUACUUCACAGAUGCCUCACCUGGCAGAUGAGGACAUAUGGGAAACCCCAGCAGUUCAGUGUAAAGAAGCACUGUAGAGGAGGUCUGUUGUGGACAAUAAAUCAAAGGCUCACAGUUAAUACCUGACUGAGGCUUUCUGAAAGACAUCAGUGUAACAAAAUAAUCAUGAAAGUAUAUAAUGAGAGCUGUUAAAAACAACCUCUCUGAUCUGUUCUGCCCCAGGUGGCCAUUUCCUUGUGAAAACAGCAAUCUGCCCUGAGUAACUGCACUUCCACAUGGCAGAAAGGCAGCAGUGGCACAGAGUAUGAUCUUCCCUAGAGUAAGUGUGGAUCCCCACUUCUGAGCUUCUAGGCUCUCAAUGUCUUAACUUGUUAUGGAAUGUGUCCAUCACCAAGUAGUGGUGUGAUAGGAUGGAUCUUACUCAGGUGAAGUCAUGGUCUGGUGUGCCUGGGAGUAUCUGAGUGUCCAGAAGUAUUUCAGUGUAGUUUUGGUAGAGUAAUUCAGAGCACAUUUUUUUUCCCCUCAGCUGUUACUGAUAUAAUAUAUCCAGUAUAAAAUGAAGAAAUAAAAUGGAAGAUACAAAUAACCUGGCUUUAAAAGUACUGCUUGCACUAGGAGCCAUCUUCUCUUUGAAUGGAUGUUAACUGAGCAGAGAAAUGGAAAUGAGGGUGUAGUCUGAUGCAAGGAGCCUUUAAAAAAACCCCCAAAACUGUAAAGAUAAAACAGCUGCUAACUGCUUGCAUCAGUACUAGGUUGCUGGUUGACCUCAGGUACCCAGUAUUAAGCCUUGGGCAUUAACUGCUGUUGCAGUCAUUGCCUAAUACAAAAAACUCUGGAUGCAAACUCUUAGUAUGAAGAAUAUAAUCAAAGUUUAGAAAGCUUAUCAGGAGUUACUGGUUUGUCCCUUUUUAGUACGCUUUGGGAAUUUACUAGGUGGCCUUCUGGAUUAAUGUCUUCCAUGGUACAGUGUUACAAUGCUUCUACAGCAUCUGGUGGCUUGUUUUGUUUUUUUUUCAUUGAUUUUUGUAUACAUCUGUGGUGUUAUGAGCACGAAAAAGCAUUAGCCAAGGUUUAGAAACAAGUUUAGUCUUUUGAUUACAUUUGUCUGAAUUAUUCUUGUCAAGGGCAGAUGUUGGCUUCUCACACGGACACUGAAAAUAAAAACCACCUUUUAAAAUAGAUUUUGAUAGUAGAUUUAGAUAAGCUGUUAUCAAGACUUUCACUUCAGAAUCUGCUCUUUGUCUUUUAGUCCUGGCUACAUGUUGGAGUUAAAUCUCAGGGACUGAUUUUAUUCCUUCGUUCUUUGGUAGAAGUUUAUCCUUCCACCAUACAGAGACUCACGUGGGGUGGGGUUUUUUUGUUGCCUUAUUUUCUUUCCUCUAGUUCCUUAACUUGAGCCAUCCAUCUCAUUUGUGGUGCACAGGCAACCAGAAAUGGCUGAAAAUUUUGUCCCACUGCUCCGUUAUUUAUAGCUACAACUACAUACUGUGUUUGUAAUGCACUGUCUAAAUUUAUGGAAUUAUAUAAAUAUCAACACCCUUGUAAAAAUUGUGUGUCUCAAUAAUAUAUGUGCAGAAUAGAAGCAGUGAUCAUAAACAUUUGUAUUUCCAAGGCUGGUGAUUCAUUCUUCCCGUGAUGGUCCCACGAGUCAUCUCAAUCUCACUGACUUGCUUACAGCUCUUACAGUUUUACUGCCAUGAAAGUACCAGCAAAGGACUCUGAGCCACAGAGAUCUGGCACUCGGGCAGAACCUGGUUUCAGAGGGGUUCCAGAACUGUUGCAUGGGCAACAGCUGCAGGAAAAGAAAUGGAUGUCUUAGGAUUGCUACUAACUUGCACUUUAAACAACCCUUCACAUGCUUCUGUUCCUGUCAAGUUGAUGGCAGAGUUUGCUUUGACUGUACGUUCUGACCUUGUGUUUAAAAAAAAACCAAACAGCAUAACAACAAAACCUUUAAUCUGAAUUCUUUAUACUCUUGUCAUUAUGGA